GAAACUGUAUGAAACAUGUUUUACUAUUUUUUAGGACAGUGUUUUGACUGCAGCAAUAGACAACCGCUUUGUUUACGAAGUAAAACGCAUCUUGUGGGCGGAGCUAUUACGCAUAAGCGAAGUCUCAGUAUUACGCAUGCGCAUUGGUUGACAUACCGGCGACGGCAGUUCGACGGUGGCCUAGCGAAUACAGGGGAUUACGAGCCCAAUCUGACAGGGUGCACCAUGAGUCAGGCUAAGGACAAUGCAAGACUCAAGAGCUACAAGAACAAGUCUCUCAACACAGAUGAGAUGAGGAGGAGGAGGGAAGAGGAAGGUCUGCAGCUCCGCAAACAGAAGAAGGAUGAACAACUUUUUAAAAGGAGAAAUGUUGCCACUGUGGAGGACGAUGGAGCCCUGGAGGAUGAUGGAAUGGCCGACAGCGGCUACCUGGAAUCACAGGCAAACAACCUGGACCCACUCAUGGGUGGGGUCAUCUCUGAAGACAUGAUUCAGAUGAUCUUCUCCAGUUCUCCAGAGCAGCAGCUAAUAGGCACUCAGCGCUUUAGGAAACUCCUUUCUAAAGAACCAAACCCACCCAUUGAUGAAGUUAUUGCUACUCCAGGGGUUGUGGAGCGUUUUGUUGAAUUUCUGAAGAGGAGAGAAAACUGCACACUGCAGUUUGAGGCUGCGUGGGUCUUGACCAACAUUGCUUCAGGUACAUCCCAUCAAACGCGUGUUGUAAUCCAGGCAGGGGCCGUGCCCAUAUUCAUAGAGAUGCUCACCUCGGACUUUGAGGACGUACAGGAACAGGCAGUGUGGGCCUUGGGAAACAUAGCAGGUGACAGCACAGAAUGCAGAGACUUCGUCAUAGACUGUAACAUUCUUCCCUCCCUGCUGCAAUUAUUGGCCAAACAAAAUCGUCUAACAAUGAUGAGGAACGCAGUGUGGGCGCUAUCCAACCUGUGCAGAGGAAAGAACCCACCUCCAGACUUUGCUAAGGUGUCCCCGUGUCUCAGCGUGCUUUCCUGGCUGCUGUUUGUUAACGACACAGACAUCCUUGCUGAUGCAUGCUGGGCGCUCUCUUACCUUUCUGAUGGCCCCAAUGACAAGAUCCAGGCAGUUAUCGACUCAGGAGUCUGUCGAAGGCUGGUCGAACUGCUGAUGCACUCUGAUUAUAAGGUUGUGUCUCCUGCACUGAGAGCCGUUGGAAACAUAGUCACUGGAGAUGAUCUGCAGACACAAGUGAUUCUGAACUGUUCAGCACUGCAGUCUUUACUUCACCUGCUGAGCAGCCCCAAGGAGUCUAUUAAGAAGGAAGCUUGUUGGACAAUCUCCAACAUCACUGCAGGGAAUCGAGCACAAAUACAGAUGGUGAUAGAUGCGGGUCUGAUGCCUCCUCUCAUCAGUAUUCUGCAAGUAGCUGAGUUUCGCACAAGGAAGGAGGCAGCGUGGGCUAUUACCAACGCCACCUCCGGCGGCUCUGCAGAGCAAAUAAGGCAUCUAGUGGAACUCGGUUGUAUAAAACCUCUGUGUGACCUUCUCACACUGAUGGAUUCCAAAAUAGUCCAAGUGGCUCUAAAUGGUCUAGAAAACAUCCUGCGACUGGGAGAGCUGGAGGCCAAGAGAGGAGGAGGCAUUAACCCAUACUGUGCUCUCAUCGAAGAGGCCUAUGGCCUGGACAAACUGGAGUUCCUGCAGGGUCACGAGAACCAGGAAAUCUACCAGAAAGCCUUCGACCUGAUCGAGCACUACUUCAACACCGAAGACGAGGACCCUUCGCUGGCUCCGGCCGUCGACCUGCAGCAGCAGCAGUUCCUCUUCCAGCAGUGCGAGGCUCCGAUGGAGGGCUUCCAGCUAUAAUGCUAAAAAUCCCCCCCAAGCUCCAGCUUCAUCUUCACCUACGCUCACGUCUCUAAGUCGCUGCCCACAGCCAAGACCCAGAGUGAGAAACAGCCCUGCUAAUCCCCUUUCCCAGAGAGAUGGAUUCAAUCAUCAUCUUGGUCAUUAUAAUACUACGUAACAGUAAAGAAGCACAUAUUUGUGCAUACAUCCAACAUGGGUCAAGUCUUGUCAGCCAGUUCAUCAAGGUUCAAUUUAUUUUUCUGUUUUGUGCCGACUUCCUGGCCAGAGCUCCAACAUCUCCUGUCAGACCAUUCCCAUACUUCUCAUCGGAAAGAAGAACGUCCUUCACCUUGUUGCCAUAGAGUUGGCAAGCACUCUGUCAGCCAAUGGGAGAAUUUGGACUGCCCUGCUUGUCUGAAGCAUUAAUGACUUGGAAGAUGGACAAAUAUUGACCCGGUUCCCCUUAAUUUGUCCUCCUACACAGAGAAAGAUCCAACCUAAACACUGGACUGAUCCCAAGACAUUGACCUUAUGUUUGAGUGCAUCACUUGGACUGACUUAGAAAGGCACUUAACUUGGAAAAAAAAAUGGAGGAUUAAUUUCCUCAACUUUUCUCAGAAUCCACACAUAGACUUAAUUAGAAACUUGACUGUGUCGCUACGCGGUGGAUUGCUCGCAUUCCCACCCUGAUCUCAUAUCAUUCCUUCUUACCAGUAUUGGGACUUUUCCACAUGCACUGGCUCCACCUUCAAGAGUUUAAACUGCCGCAUCUGAUUUAAAAACCCCAUGGAACCAUGGGAAUUGGAGUCUUCCCUCGCACUGAGACAAUUGGACUUGGACGAAACAAAACAGACUAUAUAACCCUGGAUUCUGUCCAGCAGCAAGCCAGCGGGAUUUUUAUUUUAUUUUUUUUUUUCAUUUAUUAAACCAUUGUUUCAUUUUAUUUGCAGCACUUUAGUUCUGGACUUUUGCCUGUUCAUCGACAAUAGUCUUUAUGUUUGCUAUUUAAGUUGGUUGAUGAUACAGCUCUUCCCUCCUCAGGAAGUGAGAUGUAAAGAGUCCAGGCCCUCACUCCUGGUAUGACAAAGAUUACACUGUUUACCCUUCUACCUAAGGGGAAUUCGAGCAGAUUGUGGACUGAAAUUGUCAGCAAACUCUUGUCAAAAACUGGGAAUUUUUGUUUCCCUCAGCAAAGCUAAAACAGCUCUGCAUUUGGUGAAUUGGCAGUUUUAAUCUAUAAGCAGUCUAACACGAAUCCAGAUAAAUGUUUGCUGUUUGAUUAUGCCAAAUCAAGACAUGUAUCAGACUGAAGAAUCAAGGUUGGUCUUUUUUUUUUUUAAUUGGGAGUUAGCAUCUUUAGUUGUUGGUGCCAUAAUCCCUAAUAUAUGGAAGUCUUUCCGUAAAACAUCAACAGAAAAAAAGGAAAAAAAAACAUCCAGAUUAAACUUGAAAAUCCUCAUGAUCAUUGUAGUUAGCACAACUGAAUGUUUGUUUACCAAGUACUCUUCUCAUGUUGCUUAAUUUUGUCAAAAAAUCUCUCUAAGAGAUGACCAGCUCUUCGUGUUCAUUACUGUUUGUUGUACUGAGUUUGUGCAUCUGUUCUGUUCUGCCAUUAGCAUAAAAGUCAUUUCAGAAUCUCCAAACA